CUUUCUCCGAGGACAAGAAUAACUCACUCUGUGUUACUCGAUACAGAUGGCUGCUUCUGUGGCAGUCAGCCAAACUCAACAGCAGCGGAAUGUUGGUGGUAAGCAAAGAAUGCUGUCCCAUUUGGAGAGCAAUAAGGAGAACCUUCCAUUUGAGAUGCAGUCCACUAAAAUGGAAAAUCAUUUGGAAAGGAUGGAUAUCAGUCCCUUAAACAGAGGGGAGGUCAAAGGCAAACAUCUGUCACAGAGUGACAAAGUCAAAGAGAAAGUAGUACUGAGGGACAGAAUCAAUGCCCAGCAGUACAGCAAAGGAGGAAACCAGAAGGUCAAGGCCACAUCAGGAGAGGCGGACUGAAUAAAAUCAGGAUCAGGCAUAAAGGUGUAUGCUGAAUAAAAACCUGUUGAGAAAAACACUAACUCAACUGACGAUCUUCCCAGUCCUUUCUCAUAGGACAAAGUUCACAAGUGUUUCUUGAGAAAUAUCAAUGGAUAAGAGAGUGCAUAGACAAGUGACCUUAUAGAAAAUAUGGAUGCUUGUAGGACUGGCGUAUAUCCUUUUCGUUCAAAAAAAGCAUUUUCUCUCUUUUUUACGACACAUUUAACUCAACAUCAGACGGAGAGAAAAACACUGUACACAUCUACAUACAGUAUGUAUUUGGAAAGCAUUCAUUCAGGCUUAUUUCUGCUGUGCGGACCCUGCUAAGUUUAGUUUUCCUGAGUUGGACAAUAUUGGUUCUUGUAUCGUUUUAACUGUGGGGAAUGUUCAUGAAUUUGAUGUGUUAUAUUUCAAUAAACAUUGUUUUUAACUCUUUAAA